AUGGGAUUCACCAAAGCGCAGGCGACCGAGGCAGCACCAACCAACACCGUCAGACCGCUCGUGCCUCAGUUGGCAUCAUUUCCUCCCAGCCUGAGGGAGUCUCAGAAGCAGGAGACUAUGGAGUUGUUCUCCUGCGACCUGUGUUCCUUCUCCUCGAUUUACGCCGACGACCUCAAGAAACACGUCCGCACUCACAGCGGGAAAGAGGAGCUGUUGUGCCUAGUGUGCCAGCAUGCGUUUUCGGACGUGGACAGCCUGAGACAACACAGCUCGACGCACGCCGGAGAGAGGAAGUACACGUGCAACCUGUGUCCGUACGCGGCGGUCUCGUCCAACAACUUGGCGCGUCACAAGCUCACGCAUACGGGCGAGAGGAAUUUUGCCUGCAGCUUGUGCACAUAUGUGUGCACACCGAUGGACUCCUUGAGGAGGCACGUAAACAGGGUGCACCUUGGAAUCCUGUUCAUUGCCAACAGCCACGACAUCACUUUGCAAAUGGCGACGGGAUUCACCGAAGUGCAGGCGACCGAAGCAGCGUCAACCAACAUCGGCAGGCCGCUCGCGCCUCGGUUGGCACCACGUCCUCCCGGGGUGACGGCGUCCCAGAAGCAGAAGACGGCGAAGUUGUACUCCUGUGACCUGUGUUCCUUCACCUCGAUUUAUGCCAAAAACACGAGGAACCACGUCCGCACUCACAGUGGCAAGGAGGAGGGGUUGUUGUGCCUAGUGUGCCUGCGUACGUUUCCGGACACGCACAGCCUGAAACGGCACGGCUUGACGCACACCGGAGAGAAGAAGUACAAGUGCAGCCUGUGCCCUUACGCGACCAUCUCGUCCACCUUCUUGCAGCGUCACGUGCGCACGCACACGGGCGAGAAAAACUUUGUCUGCGGCGUGUGCGCCUGUGUGUUCGCGAGGAUGGACACCCUGAAGAGGCAUAUAAACAAGGUGCACCUCGGCAAUAAACCCAGGAGAAGGAAAUAA